AUAACGUAAAUGUACAAUUUUAAGUUGUACCAUAAAGAUAAAGUCCUAUAGCACCAAUACUAUAUAGUAUUGUAAAAUUUCUCUUUCAUUUAAACUAAUGUCCAACAAAAUUAAUAUAAGAUAUAUUUAUACGCAUUUUUCAACAAGUUAAAUUAUUCUUAUUCGAAUCCGCUCGGAUUAACAAUUUCGACGAGCAGAGUUUUAUGCUAAUUCUCACACUCAAAAGCCCCCAAUAGCCCAUCAAAUUAGACGUGAUCAAACCCAAUUUCCAUAACGCUAGACAACUCAUACGUUUUGUUUUAUAUCAUUGUCAAUUCCCUUACCCAUCAUAAUCACAUCGAUCGUUCUCCAAAGGUUUACGGAUGUUCGCCGACUUUGGCAAUGAGCCAAUUCCAUUUUAGAAAGAAGACGCUGUUGGUGAUCUUAUUGAAUAGUUUUAGUUAUGUUUUCUUGUUAUUGGACUUUCCCUGCCUUCCAAACGCAUCUACAAUGUUUCUAUUUCCAAUACUACAAACUCGAUCGAUAUAAUAGUAAGGCUCUCAACCUCAUGAAAAUUAGUUAAAAACUAUCCCAUUUCAGUCAUUGGUUACAUACCAAUGAAAGCUUUCGAUCGGCAUAUCUCCUGAAAAAAACAGUUUAUAUAUCGGCAAUACCCAAUUCAAUUUCCAUACCCUCAGUCACUUACCCAAUCUUCAUCAAAUCUAUCAAACUCUCUUUCCCUUUUCCUGAUCUUAUAUUAGCUAGUUCGUAACAUCCAUGGCUCAUGAGUUCGAAUCUCCACGAAAACUUCACUUCGUCUUGACGCCUUACUUGGCCCAAGGCCACCUGAUCCCCAUGGUCGACAUAGCCAAGCUCCUGGCCCAACACGGCGCCACAGUGACCAUCUUCACCACCCCGGUCAACGCAGAACGGGUCCGGCCCACGCUCGCACGUGCCAUGGAGUCCUUCGACGAAGACGUCAAAAUACGUAUGGAGGAGGUCGAGCUACCAUGCGAAGAAACUGGACUGCCCAAAUUCUGUGAGAAUUUGGACCAGCUGUCGUCGUUGGAUCAGGCGGUCCAUUUCAUGGACAAGGCCGAUGAGCUGCUGGGGCGGGCCGUGGAUAACCUCUUUGACGAGCUCGAGCCCAAGCCCGAUUGCAUAAUCUCUGACAUGUCCUUUCCUUACACCAGCUUCCUUGCCCAAAAGCAUGGCAUCCCUAGGAUUAGCUUCCUUGGGUUUUCAUGUUUUGCUUCGUUGUGUACAAGGAACGUCAACAAGGAGUUUCUCGAUGGUGUGGCUUCAGAUUCCGAACCUUUUGUGGUGCCCGGGUUGCCGGAUCGAAUCGAGCUAACCAAGAACCAGCUGCCCGUGGCUGUGGCCAUCAAUGGGUUCGGCCGAGUCGGUCAGAGGAUCGGAGCCGCUGAGGCGUUAUCUUAUGGAACGAUUUUCAAUUCGUUUCAAGAGUUGGAGCCUGAGUAUUUUGUUGCGUGUAAAGAAGCGUUGGGAGGCAAAGCUUGGUGUGUAGGCCCGGUGUCCUUGUGUAAUAAAGAUCAAUUGGAACAGUCUCAAAGAGGUAACCGGUCAGCGAUGGAUGCGUCCGAAUGCUCAAAGUGGCUUGACUCGCAACAAACCGGUUCGGUCAUCUAUGUUUGUCUAGGAAGCAUAUGUAACACCCCAACUCAACAACUAAUAGAGCUUGGGUUGGGCAUCGAAGCGUCGAACCACCCAUUUAUGUGGGUUGUUCGCGGUGGAGAAACCUCGAAGGAUCUACUGAACUGGGUGGGCGAGAGCGGCUUCGAGGAGAGGACUAAAGGCCGAGGACUUAUCAUUCGAGGUUGGGCCCCGCAGAUCGUGAUCCUAUCCCACCCCGCAAUCGGAGGGUUUCUGACGCACUGUGGCUGGAACUCGACGCUAGAAUCCAUAUGUGCCGCCAUACCACUGAUGACGUGGCCCCUUUUCGGAGAUCAGUUCUGCAACGAGAGGCUGGUCACGGAUGUGCUAAAGAUCGGAGUGAAGAGCGGAGUGGACACCACGAUGAAAUGGGGCCAAGAGGAGAAGAUUGGAGUGAUGGUGAAGAAAGAAGAUGUCACCAUAGUUAUUGAGGAAUUGAUGGGGCAAGGAGAGGAGAUAGAAAAGAGGAGGAAUAGGGUUAAGGAGCUUAGUGAAAUGUCGAAAUUAGCCCUAGAAGAGGGAGGUUCUUCGUAUAUCAAUAUCAAGCUGCUAAUACAAGACAUAUGCGAUCAAGCAAGCAGCCGAAAAUCUUGAGGACAACAUAUUACCAAGCACAAAUGAAACCCCACAUUCCAUGUAUCUACUUAUGUAUGAAUAAUAACAUAUUUGAAAAUUUCAGUAGGUAUACUAAUUUAAUUAUCAAUCCCUUCUCGAUCGUUUAGUCCGGCCACUUGGGUGUUCUUCUGAUCUUCAGGAGGCAUAAUCCAUUGGAUUUAGUCAUUGGAUUUAGUUGUGGGGUUGGAAAUUUCAAUGAGAGGUCAGGGCUGAUUUGAAUGGUGGUAAUUGGGGAGGAGAGCUAAGGUCUUACUGACUACUCUAUUUUCUAAAUUUGUUACGAAUUUUGUAUGUAAUUUUACUAUAUUACAAAGUCGAGAAGGGCUAUAGCCCCUCCUAACUUUAACCCAGCUCUGCCACUGAUGGGUCUAAUUUCGAUAUUUUCAUUAUAAGCGUUCUUUAAGAAAAUAUGGUUUGUGUA